ACGGUGGAGAGAAAUAGUGUGAGUAAAGUAAAAAUAAAAAAUUUAAAAAAAAUAAAAAAAAAAUAGGGGGAGGGGCCGGGGGAGGAAGAAGACAACAACAGGGAGGGUCUAGAUUCAUUCAUUCAUCCUAUUCCUCCUCCUCAUCCUCUUUCUCUCUCUCUCUUCCUCUCUAUCUCUCUCUCUCUCUCUCUCUCUCUGUCUCUCUCUCUCUGUGUGUGUGUGUUUUUGUGUGUGUGUUUUUGUGCGCGUGCGCGUGCCCAUGUCGAAUAUAGUGAGCCCUUUUAUGAAUUCUUCGAGGAGAGCAGCGUUGUGGCUCCUCCCCGGCGCCCGGGUUUCUUUUCUCUGCUGCUUGCUGCUGCAUCUGCUGUAGAUUGAUUAUUGGGAAUAUAGUCCGUCCGACAGAGCGCGCCCGUUCUUAAUUUAUCCGUAGAUUGAUUCGAUCUGGUCUCCAGCUCCGGCUCCGGCUCCGGCUCCGGCUCCAUGAUGAAGGAGUCGUGGAUGGAAGUGCUUCCGCCGACGCCGCCGCACCUGGCGAGUCGGUUCCUCUCGCAGAGCAGGGGCGGGGGCGGGGGCGGGGGCGGGGCGUGGACGCAGGAGGAGAACAAGGCGUUCGAGGAGGCGCUGGCGCGCUUGGACCGCGACGACCCCGACCGCUGGGCGAGGGUGGCGGCGGCGAUCCCCGGGAAGACGGAGGGCGACGUCAUCGCCCACUACCGGCAGCUGGAGAGCGACGUCAGCUUCAUCGAGGCCGGCCUCGUCCCCUUCCCGCGCUACGCCCACGGCCCCUCCUCCGCCUUCACGCUCGACUGGGACGACGACGCCUGCUGCCGCCUCGACGGCCUCACAGACGCCUACUGCGUCGCCGCCAAGCGCUCCGCCGGAAGAGGCCCCGAUCAAGAGAGGAAGAAGGGGGUCCCUUGGACCGAGAAGGAGCACAAGCUGUUUCUUAUGGGUCUGAAGAAAUACGGCAGAGGUGAUUGGAGAAACAUCUCCCGCAACUUCGUCACCAGCCGGACCUCUACCCAAGUCGCUAGCCACGCUCAGAAGUACUUCAUUAGGCUCAACUCGGGAGGCAAAGAUAAGCGGAGAUCCAGCAUUCACGACAUCACCACCGUCAAUCUGCCCGACGAUGAUCGGCCCCCCUCUCCUUCCCAGCCCCCGGUAGUUACUACUAUGAGCUCGAGUCCGGCUCCUUCCUCUACUGCAAUUUCUGAUCAGAUCUCGAUGAUCGUUGAUUCCAAGCGACACAACGAAGCAGCUACCAGCGUUCUCAACUCGUCGGUACAUAGUAAUCCGUUCGUUCCAUCCACUACCUUUGGAAUCGAUCCGUAUGGAUUGAAAUUAGAGUCGCAGGAUUUGCCCAGGGGAAUUCUCAAUGACUCGUUUGUUGGUUGGUAACUAUCAGACGACGGACGGACGCUGCGUACGCUAUCGGACCACCUCUGCCCUCAUGUAAACAGAAGCAACUUCCUUGUGCUAUUCGUCAGCUCCUUGUCCUUGAUUUGAGCGGAUUACGGAUUGAGGAUGGAAAUACUUAGUACUAUAUUAUAAGCUUUAAGAGCCUUCCUGCUGAGAGUUUUGAAGAUGGGUCUUGCAUAACGUCUUGACCCUUCUUUGUGUAUAAAAUUCAUUUCUCAGUGUAGAACAAAAUGAUGUGCAGGAGAGCGAAACCUUCAAAAGGGUUAUUCCCCUUUCUCAAGAGCUCGGUUUCUAAUAAGCGAUUUGCAAAGACAGAAAAUACACACAAGAGUAAUACUGUGCUCAUUCUUGAGAGAAGAUGAGCGUAGAAUAUGAGAAGUGGGUGUAAUAUCAGCAAGAGAUUUACGCAAAUCACGCUAUGAUGGUUCUUACACGGCCUCCCAAAGGAACAGGUUACUACACUCGAAUUCAUCGGUCCGAGGGCUUCUCUGAUCUAUGCUGCGGAAGAAAUUGGAGGACUCCGAAUGUUUCAUUUCAUCGUGCACUGUUCUUGAUGCACUAAUUGUGUUGUCUGAGCUAGCUGAUGUCUUUCAGCCUCCUGCGGAUAUUACGAAUCAAGUCUAUAUUUUAGCGUUCGGGGAGAGGAAUAAUUGCAUCGAACUAUUCAUCUAUUUAUUGUAGGUUAUAGAUGUAAAGAUUAGUAUUUCAUGCCUCCUUGACCUGGUCGCAUUUCUAUGUUGCAUUUGAUUUGUUGUUUGCUUUCGCUUAUCGCAAAUUUAUUAUGAACAAAUUAGUGGGUAUCUAUUUCUUCCCGUA